AUGCCAGCUACCAACGUUAGCUACAUGACUUGGGUUCUUGUCGCCGCAAUGUUAUUUUCCGGUAGUGACAUUGUCUCCGGCCAAUGCCAAGGCAGCAUUCAGGACCUAAAGAUAUGUGUCCCAUAUUUUCAAAAGAAAGGACCAAAAAUUCCUCCAUCUCAGGCAUGCUGUGAUGCUAUCAAGGGUGUCGACAUUCUAUGCGUUUGCCACCACCUGCCUCCGGAUAUCGGCGAGCUGAUCAGCAUUGAAAAGGUGGUCUUUGUCUUACAAGUCUGCAGAGAACCUCUUGCACCCGGGACCAAAUGUGGAAGUAAGAAUAUAAAAGCUCUUUUAUCUUAA